CCCGUUACCUGAUGAGCUGUGGUGAGUGUCAGAAGAGGAUGCACAUCAGCCCUGGCGAAGCAGAGUUCAAAGAAAAUGACAGACCGACAUCACUGGUGCCGGAUCUCAUCGACUACAACAUGCCGCUGACCACCACCUAUCUGAAGCAGAUGAAACUCCAGUGCAUGAGUACCAAUGAGCAGGAUGAGACUUCAGUGAGCAGUGAGGACUUUGAUAUGAGCGACCCCACAUGGAUAUCAGCUGAUCACGGCCCUGCUUCAGACCUGAGUCCGCCGAACCGCAGAGAGAGAAUGCACAGCCCACAGAACGCACACAUUAAGGAGGAGGACGAUGACUCAUCCUCGGGGAGCGGCAGCGGGAACGGCAUGCACACCAUGACACUUCUGUCUGCGGGCGGGGCGGCCCCGGGGUCUGAGAGGUGCAUGGAGGGAACCCCGUACAGGAAGGUGGUAAACGGCAACAGGCCCCCGGCCCCGCUGGACUUCAGCACCACCUCCUCGUCCUCAUCGUCCGAGGACCAACAGGCUCCAGUCAACCUGAGUGAGACCAGGCUGCCUGGGUCGGCCCUAAUGGGCCCCUUCCAGCUCGACCCCCCAGACGAGCUGCGCAGGAAGUACCCCGUCAAGCCUCUCGCCCAUGCCGCUGAGCUGCGCCUGGACAGAGACUCGAUCAGGGACUAUGGCAACAAGUCUCCUCAGUACAGCUCAGGAAGCUACGACUCAUUGAAGAUGGAGACAUGUGCCGAGGACCUGACCGUGACCAGAGGUGCGGCGGCGGCCGAGGACGAUGACGAUGACCAUGAAGAUCACGACGACAGUGACAAGAUCAACGACACCGAGGGCAAGGACCCCGAGAGACUAAAGGCCUUCAACAUGUUUGUGCGUCUGUUUGUGGAUGAGAACCUGGACCGCAUGGUGCCCAUCUCCAAGCAGCCCAAGGAGAAGAUCCAGGCCAUCAUCGAGUCGUGUAGCCGCCAGUUCCCAGAGUUCGAGCUGCGCGCUCGCAAGCGCAUCCGCACCUACCUCAAAUCCUGCCGCCGAAUGAAGAAGAACGGCAUGGAGGUACGUACCACAUCUAUCAUACCUCCUCUCUCUCUCAUUCCUGGUAGGGAUGAAAGACAUGGGACUGAACUCUCUCGUCUCGUCUCCCCCCAGGAGGAGCAGAUAGCACUUGACAAGCCCAGUUCUCGCGAGCCAGCCUCCCUGGCCCACUCUGCCUACUCCCUGGCCGCCUCAGCCUACUCCCAGGACCAGCUCUACAUCAACGGUGGGCUCAACUACAGUUACCGUGGUUACGGGGGCCUAGGAGCAAGCAUGCAACACCCUGUCUCCUUGACAACCGCCACUGCUCAGAGCAACGGCCCUACUGACCUCAGCAUGAAGUCCCUGGUGUCCAACUCGUCAUCGGCCAGCUCCAACAGCCACGGGCGGAGCGGUGGCGGCGGAGGGAGCGGGGCCUCGGCACAGCUCAGCCCCACGGAGAUCACAGCCGUGCGUCAGCUCAUCGCCGGCUACCGCGAGUCAGCCGCCUUCCUGCUCCGCUCAGCCGACGAGCUAGAGACCCUGAUCCUGCAGCAGAACUGAGAUGAAAACUCCAUCUACCCCGACUCCCUCCUUCUCCCUCUCUCACUCCAACUCUCCCACACGAACCCUAACUAACCGACCAACCACUCUCGCACUCAGCAGAUCCAUUCGUCCGUGAUAUCGUCCUCCUCCACCAACCUUUACAUUCUCCUCAUCGCCAGGAAAAGAAGGCAUGCAACAGCGCUACCUUCCUCUAGUCUAAUAAUCCAAAGCCCUUUGAUUGUUUUGGCAUCAGUGCGUGGAGAGAWAGAGCACUGUCUGUGACCACUUGGGAACAGCGUUUCUCCCUCUCUUCAACCACCUGUAAAGGAACGCGCUCCCUCCCAAUCAUAACAGCUCUCCCUCACUCCCAUAGCUCUGUGGAAAGAAGAGGGAUGACACUAGUGUGGGGGAGAGAGUGGUGGGCUGGUGCACUGGAGAACACUGAAGGGUUGUGCUGUAAUGAGAGAAGAGCGCCCCCUUGUGUACGAAUAAAAUAAGUGGAUCCUUUUUGUGUGCCAGGAAGCUCUAUGUGCUGCAGUACACAGAUCCCCUAAACAACCUCGCCCUCCCCAAUAACAAUGAAAGCGAGACUCCCUGAUUAGUACAAAGAAAAAUCCUUUGAUUUGAAUCAGUUUUGUUUUUUCGAAGCCUGUAGAAUAUUUACGUUUGUUUGGCACCGUUCCRAGCUACUGAAAAGGGGUGUUGACUGAUCUGAAAGAGAGCACUAACUAUAAGACACUGAACCACUUUGUUAAUGAAAAGAGGCUAAGGAAGAAGACUGGGGGAAAAAAUGUAAAAAGAGAGACAACUUGUCGCGCUCGCUGUAAAUAAGCUCUCUGUGUCCUAAAGCACUUUCCCCUGAUUCAGACCUCACCUACCCGUUGAGUAAUAAAGACCGUGAUGUCCCGGGAGCAACACUUUAACUUAUGCAUUAUGGAGAUGCCAUCUUUUCCACAUGGAAAUACCUCAGAUCUACCAACCAACCGUUCUAGUACUUCAUUCAUACUGGGUGCCGUUAUCAUACAAUGCUCACCAGUUACUACCUGAUGUGUUCAGUGUUUUCAAAGACCUGCAGGAAGCAACGUCUUAACYAUUUCAAGAAGAAUAAAUAUUGUAACUAUAGUUAAAAUUUUAUCCCAAACGAASUAUUGUUUGUCCCGUUAUUUGUGUAAUGUAUAUAUUCAGUCCAUAUUUGAUUCUAGAAGCAUCAGUAAAGUGAAGGACUGGGGGCAAGGAAGUAUGUUCUGUGGGACACUGAACCUCUCCAAAGGUAGCUGGAGAUUUUUUUCCAGAGGUUUCCAUGUUUUCCACCCCCCUGGUGGCUCGUUGCUCCCCCAUCAAUUCCAGGUUUUGGUUUGUCCCGAUCUGGUUGUCAACACUCAUCACCCGAUGAUACCGUCUCUUCUGGGUCUGGUUCUGCAUUCCUCUCUCUAACCUACCCUCCUCCUCCGGACCUAUACCCCCCCCCCCAUCCCCUUCUCCCCCCUGACCUUACCUGACCUCUGUCCGGCUUAGUUCUGGACCUUGGUUCUGGGAGGAAUUCUGUAUUUCUUUGUCUAUUGACUCUUUGAGAUGGCCAUUAAUCCACGCUGCUGCUAUAUGGACCGGACUUUUGCCACAGACCUAUAACCUCAAGUCAGGACGCCAGCCUCCUGCACAACCAGAGCACCUCAAGACAACAACACAAACAAAAAGAAGCAAAAACUACUCGAGACAGAUAAGAGACAAAAAUUWAAUUUUUGAAAACGACAUGCCAUCCCAGUCAGUUGCUUCUCUCUGCUACUAGGCACUCUGGUUGAUCUUUUUGUUCUUUCAUAAGGCUGUGUUGUUUUUACAUUAACUUUUUCCUUUGUAGUUUUCUUCAUGAGUUUGAACCUCUGGAGGCAUAAAAGGAGCAAUGUGCUUCUCUUGCAGCCACUCACAAGGGUCAUCUGGRCCUAUCUAUCUUACUGUACAAUGUGUGGCCAAAGUCUGUGAGGUUUGUACCUUUUUAGAACGAGAGGAGAAAAAAAGCUAAAUGUUUCUUCAAGAGGCAAGCCUGAAGGGGCUCAUUGUUGUGUCACUGUAAUUUGCUCCCUUUUGCACACUGAAGCAACAGAAAUCUGUGACGAAGGCCCUGCUUGUUCAGGGCUCCAUCUUGCACUGGCGAGGUGUGUACUACUAAAGGAAAGAGGAAGAGUAUCGCAAUGCAGUUGAUAAUCAUCACAUUCCUGGCCCUUGACUGCAUAGUGUUAACGAAAAGAGGCUAUCUGAGCCCAAAGUGCGAGUUGUACAACGCAUCACAUACGACCACCUCUAUUGUGUAAAUGAAAGCCAUUGAUUUAGGUGCACUAGCUCCGUGGCCUGUGAGAGGUCAUGUCUAGAAGGGAUGUCAAAACAUAGAUAUUCGAGUCACAUCAGAGAGAAUUUUUGCAUUUUAGUUAACCCUAACUAUUUUCCUAACCUUAACCUGCUGCAUAAGUUCUCCGAACCUGCUAUGAAAAGUCACUAAUGACAUUAGCGGCAUCCCAUCUAGUCAAGACCCCUGUGAGAGAUUGAAUGGAGCACUGGGCUCACUGGCAACAUUCUGAACCACAGAACAACACCUUGAUCUAUCCGCCUAGCAUACAUGUGCAAUGUCAAAUCUGAUCUCCAUAAUGAGUACAAAAUUAUUAAGAUUUAUUUUUUAUUUUUUUACGUUAUGGAAAUAGUAUGCCUAGAUAGAAAGUAGAAAAUGAAGUCCAAGAAGUCCACUUCAUCUCAGAGCAAGCUCUUGAUUGAAUCUGCUUAGUGGGUAAAAAAAUGACAAACACAAGAGAAAUAUGCAAAAUGACCAGUCAAGAGGAAACCCCCUCACUGUGUUCUCUCUCAAUGUGGCUUUGAUGGCUUCAAAACGUGUUUUCUUAUUAGUAUCGCCCUCAUUUCUGCGGAUCCAUCCUUCACUCUGCUUAUGCCCUGGGAUCUUAAGCUACAAUUCUCUCAGUACAGUAGAUGACUAUGACGUUUUUUUGUGGGGGGGGGGGGGG